UCAUGAAGUCGGUCAGCAUGCGCUCGCAGAGAAAAGCUCCCAGGAUGUACGGGCGUGAGGAAGAGGACGAUUACUAUUACAAAGCAACCAAGACAGAGAGGAAGCAGGCAGCGAGUCAGCGCAACCGAUCCAAUGACACCCUGGCGCCAGCGCGUGGCAGAGCAGGAAAUGCCGUUCCUGCAAAGCGAAAGCAUGCUGUACAGCAGGAAGAUUCUGAGGAGGAGCCUCUGGCUGCAAACAACCACCCAACUGCUGCCACAGGGAAUCACAACAAGUACUGCCACUUCUGCCAACACGUAAAGGUCCGUGCGAGCAGCAUGUUGGCUUGUGGCAACCAAGAGUGCUGUCGAAGAUUCUGCGAACACUGUCUUCUCACCCACCUCAACGACGACGUCGACCCGAUGUCGAGUGAAGCUUGGACCAUGAUCGAUGGCAAGCCGAUUUGGAAUUGCCCAAUCUGCAGGAAGAAGUGCUGUUGCUCAGUGAACAGCUGCGACUUGAGUCAUCGGCAUUGCAAGGCGUACCGUUACAGGAGACGAAGAGCCGAGCUGGCGUCGAAGCGGCUGAAUGUAUCAGCUAAUUCGUCUCCAGCCUCUGACAAGCGAAGUCGGAAAGUGUCAGGAUCGUCGAGGGUUCCAGUGAAGCCUGGAAACACUUCAGAGGGCUGGAACAAGCCGAGCCUUGUACCUGGUGUCAACUUUGGUUACGUCAAAUACAGCAAGGAUGCGAACAAACAAGUUAUGCCGGACUCGGCGAUGUUGAAGGCUGGCCAUCCAUCGGCUCGUGGAGCCCCGGUGGUCAGACGAGGCAGGGUCGACAUGGGCGCCUCGUUGCAUGACACCCUAGAACACGCGUCGGACUCUGACAUGGACGAUUCUGUCGAGAACCGGACAUUACUCCCUGAGGACAACCCUGCCGAAGAAUCCUUCAUGUCCCGGACGGACCCUCUGACGAAGCUCAUCGCCAGCUCCACGCACAAGAUGAUGAAGCCCGACAUGGCGCAUGAGUCCAUCCCUCACCCUUACGACGAAGCUGCCAUGGCGGACGACCUGCUGGGCGGCAUGUACGGCCACAUGACUCGCUUCGGAGACUCCACGGACCUGGAUCACUGCGAGAUGCUCCUUGUGGAGGAGAAUCUAAACGCGUCCUCUGACCUCGACGAGGCCAUCUGGCUGCGCAAGACCUACGAGACCGUCUACAACCCUCCUCAAGCAAAGUCGAAGCUGAUGGCUAAGACGCUGGUGGGGAUGCCUCUGGGCUCACUUGCAAGUCACCACGAGGCGGAGGAUGAUAGUCUGAACGUGAUGAACUUGAACUCUGCGGAAGGAUCCAAGGCUUAUCGCUCCCACAACAAAUCUCCUCUCAACAUGUCUGAUCCCGGUGGCGAUAUGAGCGAACUUUCUUUCUUCCUCUCUCCGCCUACUAAGCACCCGCGGGCAGAUGGAAAUGUUAAGGAGGGAUCGCACCAGAGUGCUCUCAAGGCGACCGUGAUGUACGAGAUGGUGUAAAGGAGGAGGAGGAGUUGUUGUUGUCAGAAAAGCAUGUACACUAUGAAGGCUUCGUCGCUGUUGGCGACGAGGUUCUUGAUGCAAACACCAAGAUGCUCUGACGGGUAAAUAAAAUCUCUUUCGAUACUCUC